AUGCGCCGACCAAGGCAAUUCGCUGGAUAUGUGGACGCCGAGAUACUUCAAGCAGUCAACGCGCUCCACCUGCGAGUCGUCAAUGACCAAUGGAGAGAUGGGCGUCUUUUUCAAACGUUAAUCGACGACCAUCUCUUUCGUUUUGGCCACAAACACCUUGCACAACAGGGAACUGCAACCCAGAUUUCUACUACUUUCUUCGGGUAUGCUAAUUUGGCCAUUGAUGGGAAUGAUAAUCCUUAUUAUCGUAACAGAAGUUGUAGUCAUACCGGAUUCAAUGAGAACAGUUGGUGGAAAGUUGAUUUAGGAGACAGUUAUUGGAUAACAGAAGUGGUCAUAACAAAUCGACAGGAUUGCUGUUCUGAGAGAAUUGAUGGAGCAGUGGUGACAAUUGGUGACAAUUUUGAUAUAAGCCAGAACAACCAGUGUGGUGAUCAAGUAGACUGGGAUGCAAACACAUAUGAUGUGAAGAUUCCAUUUGAAUGUCAUCUCAGAGGGCGAUAUGUUGGUGUAACACUGAGAGAUCACACCAACUGGUUACACCUGUGUGAAGUAGAAGUCUACAGCGAUUAA